UUAUUCCAUUCAAUGUCACUAAAUACGAACGUUCUGGGUAUAUAACUGAACAGCGCCGUGGAAAGUAGUUAAAUCAUAUUAUUUUUCAUCGCUAUGCAUUUCAAAGUGACCAUCGCCGCAUGGCUUUUAGCCAUAUUAUUCAUAAGUCAAACUAAAUGCGACGAUAAAGACGAUAAACACGAUAAAAACGAAAAAAAGGCCAACGACGGACACGGUAGCAGUGGUAGCGGUGGUAAUAGUGGUAGCAGUGGUGGCAGUGGUAACAGUGGUAGCAGCGGUGGCAGCGGUAGCAGUGGUAGCAGUGGUGGUGGCAGUGGUAGCAGUGGUAGCAAACCUACAGGCACGGAUAACAUGACGUUCGGUAUGAACGGGAUGUCCGGCAUCCAACUACCGUUUCCGUUUUUCCCACCGUUCGGAUGUGACACAACGUGCCAACCAAUACAAUUACAAAUAUUUCAGCCACAAGUACCCCGGGAGACGGUGCCGACGACUCACGCGCCGACCACACACGCUCCGACGACCAUGCCGCCGCCGCCGAAAACCACAAUGCCAGCACCCAAGCCGGCACCGACGACCCCGACAUACACCUCGCAAACGAUCAUUAUGUACCCGAACUGGUGCCAGGGCUGGUGCAAGUUUUUCUAUCAACCACCUCCACAGCCGGUGUAUUACCAGCCGAACUGUCUACUGUUUUCGUGGAUGGGAUUGGGUUCGGGAAUGGCCAUGGGAAUGCAACCAGCUCAGUCGUGAGUCGUCCGCGGCUCGCCUGCGGUGUUCGACUAAUAAUGCUCUAACAAAACAACAUUCGUUAUCGCAGUAGUUCGAUCAUACUUGCGUGUAGUAUUUAUUUAUAUUUAUUUUUUGUUUGUUUAAUAUUUAUCGGCUAUAACAUAUUGUCAACAAUAGCAACAAUAAUAAUUUUUAAAAAAAAAACAAUUUUAAAUAAUUUUGUUUUAUUGUUAUUUUUAAUAAAAUCAAUUUUUUUUAAAAUCAUUUUUACACAUUACUAUUCACGAGAACA